GCGCCGGCGGCCCCGCGGCUGCGGGCUGAGCGCGGCUGGCGGGCUGCUCCGCCCCGGCUGCAUUGCUGCUCUCGGUGCCGGAGCCGCGCCGCGUCGCGUCGGCUGGCAUGGGCCCCGGGGCGCCCCGGACAGGGGCUCUGGGCUGAGGCGCUGCCGCUCCGCCCGCCCCGAGGCCAUGGCCUUGCUGCCCGGCCUGUGGCCCGCGCUCCUGGGCAUCGUCCUCGCCGCCAGGCUCCGCGGCUCCGGUGCCCAGCAGAGCGCCACAGCGGCCAACCCCGUGCCAGGCGGGCCCCCCGACCUGCUGCCCCACUUCCUGCUGGAGCCCGAGGACGUGUACAUCGUGAAGAACAAGCCGGUACUGCUGGCCUGCAAGGCCACGCCCGCCACGCAGAUCUUCUUCAAGUGCAACAGCGAGUGGGUGCGCCAGGCUGACCAUGUCAUUGAACGCAGCGCAGACGCGGCCAGCGGGCUGCCAGCCAUGGAGGUGAGAAUCAACGUAUCCAGGCAGCAGGUGGAGAAGGUGUUUGGGCUGGAGGAGUACUGGUGCCAGUGCGUGGCCUGGAGCACGUCGGGUACCACCAAGAGCCAGAAGGCCUACAUCCGCAUCGCCUACUUGCGCAAGAACUUUGAGCAGGAGCCGCAGGCCAAGGAGGUGGCCCUGGAGCAGGGGGUUGUGCUGCCCUGCCGCCCACCCGAGGGCAUCCCCCUGGCCGAGGUGGAGUGGCUGCGGAAUGAGGACCCGGUGGACCCGGCGCUGGACCCCAAUGUGUACAUCACGCGGGAGCACAGCCUGGUGGUGAGGCGGGCACGCCUGGCGGACACGGCUAACUACACCUGCGUGGCCAAGAACAUCGUGGCCCGCCGUCGCAGUGCCUCGGCCGCUGUCACCGUCUACGUGAACGGUGGGUGGUCGACGUGGACCGAGUGGUCUGUCUGCAGCGCCAGCUGUGGGCGCGGCUGGCAGAAACGGAGUCGCAGCUGCACCAACCCGGCGCCUCUCAACGGGGGCGCCUUCUGUGAGGGGCAGAAUGUGCAGAAAACGGCGUGCGCCACCCUGUGCCCAGUGGACGGCAGCUGGAGCCCUUGGAGCAAGUGGUCAGCCUGCGGGCUGGAUUGCACGCACUGGCGGAGCCGCGAGUGCGCUGACCCGGCGCCCCGCAACGGAGGCGAAGACUGCCCAGGGGCAGGCCUGGACACCCGAAACUGCACCAGCGACCUCUGCGCGCCCACCACAUCCGGCCCCGAGGACGUGGCCUUAUACGUGGGCCUCAUCGCUGUGGCCGUGUGCCUCCUGCUGCUGCUGCUGGUGCUGGUCCUGGUGUACUGUCGAAAGAAGGAGGGGCUAGACUCCGACGUGGCUGACUCCUCCAUCCUCACCUCGGGCUUCCAGCCCGUCAGCAUCAAGCCCAGCAAAGCAGACAACCCGCACCUACUCACCAUCCAGCCCGACCUCAGCACCACCACCACCACCUACCAGGGCAGCCUGUGCCCCCGGCAGGAUGGGCCGGGCCCCAAGUUCCAGCUCAGCAACGGCCACCUGCUGAGCCCACUGGGCAGUGGCCGACACACACUACACCACAGCUCCCCCACCUCCGAGGCCGAGGACUUUGUUGCCCGCCUGUCCACCCAGAGCUACUUCCGCUCCUUGCCACGAGGUGUCAGCAACAUGGCCUACGGGACCUUCAACUUCCUGGGGGGCCGACUGAUGAUCCCCAACACAGGCGUCAGUCUCCUCAUCCCCCCAGACGCCAUCCCACGGGGCAAGAUCUACGAGGUCUACCUCACACUGCACAAGCCGGAGGACGUGAGGUUGCCCCUAGCUGGCGGCCAGACCCUGCUGAGUCCCAUCGUUAGCUGUGGGCCCCCCGGGGUGCUGCUCACCAGGCCCGUCAUCCUCGCCAUGGACCACUGUGGGGAGCCUGGCCCCGACAGCUGGAGCCUGCACCUCAAGAAGCAGUCAUGCGAGGGCAGCUGGGAGGACGUGCUGCACUUGGGCGAGGAGGCGCCCUCCCACCUCUACUACUGCCAGCUGGAUGCAGGCGCCUGCUAUGUGUUCACGGAGCAGCUGGGCCGCUUCGCCUUGGUGGGGGAGGCCCUCAGCGUGGCGGCUGCCAAACGUCUCAAGCUGCUGCUGUUUGCGCCACUGGCCUGCACCUCCCUGGAAUACAACAUCCGGGUCUACUGCCUGCAUGACACACAUGAGGCGGUCAAGGAAGUGGUGCAGCUGGAGAAGCAGCUGGGCGGGCAGCUGAUCCAGGAGCCUCGUGAGCUGCGUUUCAAGGACAGCUACCACAACCUGCGACUGUCCGUGCACGACGUGCCCAGUUCCCUGUGGAAGAGCAAGCUGCUCGUCAGCUACCAGGUGAGGGGCUGUGCCUGGCAUGCACGGGGCUCGGGCACGGCUGACCCAUCUGUCCAUCUGUGUGUCGGUUCCCCGCAGGAGAUUCCCUUCUACCACAUCUGGAAUGGCACGCAGCCCCACCAGCACUGUACCUUCACCCUGGAGCGCGUCAGCCCCAACACCAGCGAGCUGGCCUGCAAGGUGUGGGUGUGGCAGGUGGAGGGCGAUGGGCAGAGCUUCAAUAUCAACCUCAACAUCACCAAGGACACGAGAUUCUCUGAGCUGCUGGCGCUGGAGAGCGAAGGAGGAGUCCCAGCCCUGGUGGGGCCCAGUGCCUUCAAGAUCCCCUUCCUCAUUCGGCAGAAGAUCAUUACCAGCCUGGACCCACCCUGCAGCCGGAGCGCCGACUGGCGGACUCUGGCCCAGAAACUCCACCUGGACAGCCAUCUCAGCUUCUUUGCCUCCAAGCCCAGCCCCACCGCCAUGAUCCUCAACCUGUGGGAGGCGCGGCACUUCCCCAACGGCAACCUCAGCCAGCUGGCCGCUGCAGUGGCCGGGCUGGGCCAGCCAAAUGCCGGGCUCUUCACAGUGUCGGAGGCCGAGUGCUGAGCCAUAUGGCCCCGCACCUACACUUCACCAGCUUUGACACCACCGGGACAGGCCACACUGGGAGAGCUCCAAGGCCCCUCAACACUUGUCCCCAGGGCCCUGCCCGUGCUCCCAUCCCCUCAGCCACUUGCUCCGAGUGGCUCCGGCCGGGGAGGACAGUGCCUGGGGCCCGGGCGCCCGGCCUACAUGUGUGUGUGUGUGUCUGUGCGUGUGAUGCUACCUCUCCCCACCCCCCCGCACCGGCCGGGGCCGCAUGCUCACGGCCACGCACGCGCAGCUGGGCUCAGACCGCCAGGGGCUCCCACCUGAGCUGAACUUUAUGCAAACAUUUCUGUGCCUGCAAGUGGGGGCACGUGGAGGCGCCCAGCUCCCGGCCAUCGGGGACCGAGGGCCACAGAUGGGCACAGGGACAGGGCAGCCUCUGGGCUCAGGCCCAUGGCCGCCACCCGUCUCCUGCGCACACCCCCACCCCACGCAGCACCCCUGCCACUCACACUCACGCAUCUCAUGCUGAGCACCCGGGGGCGCUCACGUCCCACAGCAGCCCACACCUGCCUCUCACACGCUGCCCCUCUCCCCGCCCACCACCCACCCAGGGAUACCCUUGCCCCCAGUUGCGAGGAGCCCCGCCCCACGGGGAGUGUGAAUAUGCAACGGGCUGGCCAUGGCGAGUGUGUGUGCCGCGGAGUGAAGCUCGUGCCCUGACUGUCUCGAGCGCCCUCGUGCGCUCACACUUGGCCUUAUGUCCACAGCCUUGCCGGCCGCUGGGGCACGGAGGGAUUUUAGCGGACGUGAAUGUAAAUAAAUUAUAUAUAUAUAUAUAUUGCUAACCUGCGUC